AUGUCACAAUCACAACCCGUGGGACCCGUUACAUCCAGUAGCCCAGCCCUAGCACCUAAUGCCGCAUCACCAAGCGCGAUCCUCCACGGCAAGCACGUAACCCUUCGUCCCCUCUCGCCCUCCGACGCGCCAUUGCUCUUUAAGUGUCUCUGCGGUCCACCAGACGAUGCACUUUGGACGUACAUGCAUGGGGGUCCGUAUCCAGAUCUCGAAUCUUUCACAAGCUAUAUCAGCAGCCUCUGCAACGGGGGGGCCAUCUUCCCACUUGUAAUCCUCCUCCGUCCGGAAGACGGAACUGCGGAUGGAGUCCCUGUGGGGAUCACAACCCUCCUCGCCAUCGUCCCCGCUCAUCGCAGCAUAGAAAUCGGAUAUGUAACCUACGCUCGGCAGCUUCAGCGUACCACCGCUGCCACGGAGGCUGUGUUCUUACUGCUACAGUAUUCGUUUGACGUGCUGGGGUAUUCGAGGGUCGAGUGGAAGUGUAAUGCCUUGAAUGGCCCUAGCAAGGCGGCGGCGAAGAGGUUGGGGUUCGUGGCCGAGGGGGAGUUCAGGAAACACAUGAUCGUAAAAGGUCGACGAAGAGAUACAGCUUGGUUCAGUAUCCUGGAUGAUGAGUGGCAGGCUGGUGUUAAAAAGGCACUUGUAGAGUGGCUAGAUGAGGGGAACUUUGAUAGCCACGGGAUUCAGAAGAGGAAGUUGGAGGAGAUUAGGCAGGAAACUAUCAAAGAUUAA